AUGAAGUUCGGUGAACAUCUUAGAAAUGUUCUUAUCAAGAAUUAUAGUUUUUACUAUAUUGCAUAUGAUGAAUUAAAACAUCAGUUGAAAAGUAACUUGAAAAGUAAUGAUUUCAAGUGGACCAAUGAGUAUGAAGAAGAAUUCUUAGCGGCACUUGAACAAGAAUUGGAUAAGGUUUACUCGUUUACCAAGGUCAAGAAUACAGAGGUUAAUAGAAGGAUUAAGGAACUGGAAAAGUUUGUGCAUGAGGUUGUCGAUGCAUUGCAAAAUGAACAGAAUACAAAUCAGCCUCAAGAGCAAGAUUUCGAAGAUUUGGAGAGCGAAUUGUCUGAUAUAAUUGCUGAUGUGCACGAUUUAGCCAAGUUCACUAGAUUGAACUACACUGGAUUCCAAAAAAUCUUGAAAAAGCACGACAAAACCACCAAGUUUACUUUGAGACCAAUUUUCCAAGUUAGAUUGAAUGCUAAGCCAUUCUACAAGGAUAAUUAUGAUAACUUGAUUGUCAAGUUGUCUAAGUUGUACGACUUAGUUAGAACCAGAGGUAAUCCAGUUAAGGGUGAUGCCUCUGCUGGAGGUAGUCAACAAAAUUUCGUGAGACAAACCACAAAGUAUUGGGUUCACCCAGAUAACAUUACUGAAUUGAAGUUGGUUAUUUUAAAACAUUUGCCAGUGUUAGUUUUUAAUGCUGACAAGGAAUUCGAACCAGAAGACAGUGCGAUUACUUCCAUCUACUUCGAUAACAAGAAUAUGGAUUUAUAUUACGGUAGAUUAAGAAAAGACGAAGGUGCGGAGGCCAUCAGAUUGAGAUGGUACGGGGGGAUGAAAUCGGACCAAAUUUUCGUGGAGAGAAAAACUCACAGAGAAGAUUGGACUGGUGAAAAAUCUGUCAAAGCGAGAUUUGUGGUGAAAGAGAAGAAGGUAAAUGAUUUUUUAAAGGGUAAAUGGACUGCUUCUCAGGCUUUUGAAAAAAUGAGGAAGGACGGAAAGAAAUCCUCUAAAGAGAUAGAUAAUUUAGAACGCUUGGCAAAAGAAGUGCAAUAUCGGGUUAUAAAAGACAAAAUGAGACCAGUCGUGAGAUCAUUUUAUAAUAGAACUGCUUUCCAAUUGCCAGGUGAUGCCAGAGUUCGUAUUUCUUUAGAUACAGAAUUAUCAAUGGUCAGAGAAGAUAAUUUUGAUGGUCAUGAUAGAACUAACGGUAACUGGAGAAGAACAGAUAUUGGGGUUGAUUAUCCAUUCUCUCAAUUACCAGAAAAAGAUAUUUGCCGUUUCCCUUAUGCAGUUUUGGAAGUUAAAUUGCAGACACAAUUGGGUCAAGAGCCGCCAAUUUGGGUUAAAGAUUUAGUCACUAGUCACCUUGUGGAAGCUGUGCCUAAAUUCUCCAAGUUUAUUCAUGGAGGAGCAUCAUUAUUACCGGACUAUGUUAAUUUGUUACCAUUUUGGUUACCUCAAAUGGAUGUUGAUAUAAGGAAACCAAAGAUACAAGAAUUUGGUAUUAAUAGACAAAAUCAACAGAGAGCUAAGUCUUCCUCUUCAGGAGGUGAAUUGGAUGAAGAAGAAUUAUUAGUGAAUGAUGAGUUUUCGCCAAGUUAUGGUGCCGUCCACUUCUCUAACGAUGUGAAUCCGUUGGAAGAAGAUUUGGAUGAAUUCACUCCAUUACUCUUACCCUCUAGUUAUGCACUGAGAGAUUCGGACAGUCCAGUGAUGAAUUUCUUCGCUGACGUGUAUGGUAAAUUAUUGCAUUACUUUAAUGAUGAUAGAUCAUUCACUGUUAAACCAGGCACUAACUUCAAUUUAAAUGAGACUUUUGCUAAUAAGAUUCCGAAAGGUAAAAAGAUUGCAAUUCCGAUUAGAAUUGAACCAAAGGUUUAUUUUGCAACUGAAAGAACCUAUUUGCAUUGGUUAUCGAUUGGUAUGAUUUUGGGUGCAACUGCGAUGGCCUUACUUAAUUAUGGGAGAAAGAGUUCUGUCACUGCGUCAAUUGGUUUCUUCAUCAGUGCCUUAUUCGUAUUAUCUUACUCAACCUACACAUAUGUUUGGAGGGUUCUUAUGAUUAGAGAAAAGAAACCAGUCGAUUAUGCCGAUAAAUUUGGACCUAAUAUUAUCUGUGCUUUAAUUGCAGCUGCCACUUUUACAACUUUUGUUUUCAAGUUCUUUGAAUCGUGA